AUGUUGAUCUUGUUGUUGUAUAUAGGAUCUGUUGGAGCCGACUGGGAUUACUUGAAAACAAGACUGAAUAAUUCCUAUCAGUGGGAGACCGCUGUACAGGAUGCGAUAGGAAUGGACAUAUCAUUAAAAGAAGCGAUUAAAACAGGGUACCUUUACAUCGUCCACUAUCCAUUACUUGAUGAUGUACCGACCAAAAACGAAACUUCUCCCGUCCAUGGCCGUAAACUGAUGAAGGCUGUGUCACCUAUUGCGCUAUUUGCUUCCAAGCCAAGCAGAAACAAGAAACAGCCUAACCAAUUGGUACCCUUUGCAAUACAGAUGGGACAUACCAAAGACUCUGAUGUUGCCACACCAAACGAUGGUGACAAAUGGCUUCUAGCAAAGCAGACUGUGCAAGUAGCAGACUUUGUUUAUGCUGGAUCAGUAGAGCAUCUACUCAAGACCCAUCUCUUUAUUGAACCAAUCUGUGUUGCCAUGCUUCGCCAUUUUCACAGUCUUCAUCCACUCCAUCAGUUGUUGAAGUUUCAUUGCCGAGGAGUAUCGGGCACCAAUAAGUUCAACAUUAACAACCUUACUGGUAGGAACAGCACGUCGGACCUUCUCUUCGCUGUAGGUUACCCAGGAGGAUAUCAAUUACUGAGGAGGUCGUUUGAGGCAUCUAGCUGGGAUGACGCUGAUUUUGUUAAGAACAUCAAAAGGCGUGGAAUGAAUAAUAAUAAUAAGGUUCCCUAUUACCCAUACCGAGAUGAUGGACUGUUGAUCUAUAAAUCCAUCAAGAAUAUGGUCUGCAAUUAUGUACACUUCUUUUACCGUAAGUCAUGUCAAGUUGAAUCCGAUCCGGAACUCCAAGCUUUUGCUAACGAAGUGUCCGCCGAAGGAAAUACUCCUCCUGAUGGCGGCAAAGGAAUGAUCAAAGGAUUUCCAUCGUCCAUAAAGACAAGACGUCAGCUUGUUGACAUGUUGACUCCGCUGAUCUGGACCACUAGUGCACAGCACAGUGCUAUCAACUAUCCAUCCAACUACUAUGGGUCGUAUACACCCAAUAUGCCAACAAAACUUUAUCAUGACUCUCGUGUUAAUGAUGAUAAUUUUGAUCUGUUUAACUUACCUGGAAAAAGAACAGCUGCUGUCCAAGUAGCUCUUGGGAUGAACCUAGCUUCUCUAAGAUACGAUCGUCUCCUUGAUUACAGUGACGAACUUCAACACAUAAAUGCAUCGAAGAUUGUCAAGAGACACAGCCAGCGACUUAAUGGAUAUACAGCUACAGUGAUAGAAUCGAGAAAUAGAAAGCGCUAUCAGGAGAGGCAUUUAACGUACCCCUACUUGGUGCCAGGAUGGAUCACUAAUAGUAUUCAUACGUAACCGUAUAAUAACUUGCUCGUAAUCGUGUAACUCGAGCGGUUAAACGUUAAUCUCAUACAAAAAUAAUAUUUCACUUAAUGAUGGAUUUGGUUAUAUUAUUUUACGUGGAUUGGAAAUUCAAAAUUAAAC